CCGAUGUUAACCUGCAAUGUGCAAGCCGUGAAGUCGGUAAGCGCGAUUUGAUGUAUCACGUCCGCUCGAGUUGUUUUCGUAAUUAUUCAAACAAUGUAAAGGUAUGCAAUUAACGUGUACAAGUCAGUGAUCACCGGUGCUUGAUCAAGAUAUAUAGUUUUACCAAAUCGUGAAAUAUUUUUAUGAAUAAAAUGUCCGAGGUACGAAAACGGGCGAUUGGAGAUGUGGCAGCGGGAGACGUCAACGACGAUCACAGGGAAGAUGCGGAGUCGGAAGAAGACAAUAAGAUCGAAGUUGAUGAAGUGUCCAAGACUCUGCCUCAAGGGACUAAUCAUACACCAGAUGCGCUCGCUUCCGCUCUCUCUGGCAUGUCGGAUCGCUGGAGAAACUGGAUAAUUCGGGGCAUUUUUACAUGUUUAAUGGUGACAGGGUUUGGUAUUAUUAUCUAUGGAGGGCCAUUAGCACUGAUGGUCACGACUUUAGUUGUACAAGUGAAAUGCUUUGAAGAGAUCAUUAACAUUGGAUAUACCGUGUAUCGAAUUCAUGGUUUACCUUGGUUCAGAUCUCUUUCGUGGUAUUUCUUGAUUACUUCCAAUUAUUUCUUCUAUGGAGAGAACCUGAUGGAUUAUUUUGCAGUGGUAAUAAAUCGGACGGACUACCUACGCGUUUUAGUAACGUAUCAUCGAUUCAUCUCGUUCUGCCUGUAUAUUAUGGGUUUUGUUUGGUUCGUACUAUCUCUUGUCAAAAAAUACUACAUGAAGCAAUUUUCUCUCUUCGCAUGGACACACGUUGCGCUAUUGAUCGUAGUGACGCAAAGCUAUUUAAUUAUACAGAACAUAUUUGAAGGAUUAAUAUGGUUCAUUGUACCUGUGAGCAUGAUUGUCAUAAACGAUAUAAUGGCAUACGUCUUUGGAUUUUUCUUUGGUAGAACUCCAUUGAUAAAAUUGUCCCCAAAGAAAACUUGGGAAGGCUUUGUAGGUGGUGGUAUUUCAACGGUCAUACUUGGAUUAUUGAUGUCGUAUGUCAUAUGCCAGUACCGCUACUUUGUGUGCCCAAUUGAGUACAGCGAAGCCUUGGGUCGAAUGACUAUGGACUGUGAACCAUCCUAUCUUUUCAGACCGCAAGAAUAUACUCUGCCUACUGAAACCUUACAAAAUUUAUCCAAUUGGCUCGGUUGGAAGGGUACAAUAACAAUGUAUCCUUUUUUGCUGCAUUCACUGUCAAUGUCUGUAUUCAGUUCAGUGAUCGGGCCGUUUGGAGGAUUCUUUGCUAGUGGUUUCAAACGAGCUUUUAAAAUCAAGGAUUUUGGUGACGUGAUUCCUGGUCACGGAGGAAUAAUGGAUAGAUUUGACUGUCAGUAUUUAAUGGCAACGUUUGUCAAUGUUUACAUCUCAUCAUUCAUCCACACCGCCUCGCCCCAGAAGCUUCUACAGCAGAGCGACGGUAUUUUGUCGCAGGUGUACAACUUGAAGCCGGAGCAGCAACUGCAGCUUUUUUACACUUUGCGAGACGCGCUGGAGCACAGAGGUAUUCUAAAUACGCCCUAAACAUUACCACCUACGUCAGGUAGCGUGUGGGUUAUUGAUUGGGCGCCAAUUGCAAUGCAUUGCUAUGGGAAUCCGAAUAAAUUGAGACAUAUUUUUCUGAGAUUUACUUAACAUCACUACAAAAUACCCUGGUCUAUUUCUGUUCACAAAAUUGACAAAUACAGCGACUGAAACGUUCGUAAAGGACAAUAUUCCUUGGUAAAAAGGAAGGCAGGUAGCUUCACGCUAUCCAUUAUUACCAAAUUUAUGAAAAAAAGAUGUUACCAAUGGUAAAUGUCGAAUGUGCCACAUAUUAUGCUUUUACUCUCAUAGCAAAGCAGGUCAUUGGAUUAGGAAAUUUAUAUGCUCGUUAUUUAUUUUGAUUAAGUUUCAUUCUGAAAGUAUGUGCGUGAUGUCCCUGUAGAGUAUGAAUCAUACAGAAUAUAACUUACUUAUUAACAAUAACUUAUUAUCUUCACAUCACUGAAUGAACAUUGAAUUUUUUUUCACAAUUAUCGACGUUUUACUAUUUUUUUUAUUAAGUACGUGAAAUUACUUCAACGUCCUGGUUUAAAUAUAAAGAUAAAUCAUUGGACAAUUACAGUCAUGUAUAGAUCGCGCAUUCCAUUUGCUAGGUAACUACGAAAAGAUCCAUUUUGCAAGAAUUCAUCAAUUCGUUGUUAAAAUAAAAGGCACGAAACAAUCAAAUAAAUUCCAUCCUCGUUAAGUCAACUUGACGCUGAAAGGGCGCUUUAUCCAUCAAUUUUUGGAAUACAAAAGGCAAUCCACGAGUUUUUGCUUCCUGGAUAAUUUAAUUGUUUUGUGCCCAUUUCAGAGAAAUUGACAACAUUAAAUGAUCAUUAUAUUGGUUAGUAUUUUAUGUAUCACACUAACGUACCUCUUAAGGAAUCUAAGUCAUUAUGUUGUUAAUCAUUUCCAAUUUACUAGAACUCAAAAUAACCCUUUUUUUAAUUUAAACAAAAUUCAUACUAUAGCGAUAGUUUCAUAUAUCUAGUUAUCGUUAUUACACCUGACUUGAGUCUUUAUGUGUCUUUCAUCAUUCUUAUAGUAUUUUACGUAAGCAAAUGAUCAUAAAUCUCUUACAAUUUUCAAGCCACUCGAAAUGUUUCCAACAACUCUUUCCAUAACAUCUAUUGAUUGAAGAUUUAGAUCUUACAUCCAUGUAUGUUCACACGCACUUAUAUUCUGCCGACUUGCCAAGUUGACGCCUGUAUAGCUUCAAAUAUUUCUUUUAUAAUACGAUUUAUUACUGUUGAAACAAUGAAGAUAUUUCGAAAUAACGCUGUUUUUAUUUCACACUUUUCGCAAUUAUCAUUUAUUUGUCUACAAACCCACGAGGUGCGGUAUUCUCUCGCCAUGUCGUGCAUUGCUGAAAAAAAAAAAUACCACAUCAUAUGUAAAGCAUUCAACUACUUUAUUAUCCCAGAUUCAUAUUACGGCAUCAAACAGUUAUUUUCUGACGUGAAUACAUUUUUUUUUUUUUUUGCGAGUACGGUAUACACAUUUAGUCAUAAUGAAAUAAUAAAACGUGUAGGGAUUUCACUCCUGCGCGUCUCACGUAGCAAUACUUGCGUGUGUAGCAUAAUUGAAUCAACUGAUAAGAAAAUCCUCUGUCACAAAAAAUAAUUAAGUACAAAUGAAUUGAAGAGUAGAAAGAAAAUAUAUCGAGUACGAAAGCAUAUAGCAAAUAAAUUGGACUGUAAAUUAAUCAAAAUGCAGAGUGAGAAAGAGAGAGAAAGAAAUAUUGACGUUUUAUGUAAUAUAAUACUUUGUUUUUUGGAUUAAUUAUUUAUUGUCGUUUGCCUUUAUGAUUGAAGCUAUAGUUAGUAUACUUGAAAAAGAAAAAAAGAAAAAUAUAUAUAUAUAUAUACAUACAUACAUACACUAGGCACACAUGCACACAUAGGUACCCUAUUAUAUUGACUUUAAUGAUGUGUCAAAUUGUUGUUGAUUUGAUCUUUCUAAUCGUAAAUCAGGAUAUAUGUAUGAUUGUAUUCUGUGUACUACCAAUUGAAGUAAUAUAUACAUUAUAUUAAAUUAAUCGAUAAGUAUAUAUUAUCAAUGGCUUCCAAUCAGCGUCUUUUAUUUGUGGUAUAAGAACAAUCACUAGUACCGUUUGAGGGAUGCUUCGUCUUACCAGAUUUUCAAGAGUUCAGCUUCUGCGUAACGAUUUUGAAAAAUGUAGAAGCUCUUUACGUAAACGCCAUAAGCGCAGCUGGUCAAUACCACUUGAAUUCGUAAUGUUGGCAAACCGGAAUUUUUUUUUCGCUCCGGUUUCAGAUUAACGAUUCGGCAAAAACUUGCUUUACCGUUUUAUUAUAGUACAUCAGAUCUCAUUCGCUUGAAAAAGUAGAGUUUAAAUUAACAAAGAGUCUGCAGUCCGUCAAUCGUUACCAAAUUAGAACGCAGGCAUGUUUCCACGUAUCUCGAUGAUUUGACUAAUUUGAAUUAUAUUCAUUAAUAAUUUCAAAUCUAAUUAUAACUCACUCGACUGGACGAGCUGCGCUUGUUGUGAUUUGGAUCGCUGAAUCAUACACAAUACACGUGCAUAUAUCUAAAUAUUGUUGACGUAUAAACAGGUAUAUAUAUAUUGGAAAUCCUAUGAAGUUGCAGCAAAUACCGACCAUGUUUUUUGGGUGAACCAUUGUUGGCGUUUACUCGCCGAAAGUGUAUCGUUGAAUAUUAUACUAUUAGCGUUUAUUGACCAGAUUUUGCUUGAAAAGCCAGUCUAAACGGCUUCGUCUCACAGUAUAACACAAAGUACUAUUUACGACGAGGUGAUUUUUACAGAGAUAUAUUUGUGUCGCACCUCUGUGAAAUCUAUGAGGCGUGUUUAAUUCAUUUCGUGGAAGAAAACGAGGGAGCUAUUGAUUCUAUUCAGUGUUUCUUAACUAAGUACAGCUAACCAGGAAUCCGUUGGAUUGAGGGCGUCAGUAUUUGCAUCAAGGUACGGCGCUAUUAAACUGGCGUAGGCAGGGCAUUCGACAAAUGUUAUAUAAAAAACAUCUGCGUUUUGAUUAUAAUAAUGUUAUAUAUUGCACGCGGUUCCAGUGUUAAUGUUAUGUAUAAAUUGGUUAAGUAUUGUAGGUAAAUUAAAUUUAAUGUUUUUUUUUCAGACGAUUUAUUCCCCGUUAUAAAUAAAUGUAUUGUCUAACAGAAAAAAAAACAGAUAAAUAAAUAAAGAGAGUAAAGAAUAUACUGACGGAU